AGCACAGAUGCUAGUCCACGUUCAAGGUAGAAAAGAGAAGCAAGCAAGAAAGGCAUAAGGCCACUGGGCAGUGUUAAUAUAGAAACUUUUGUCAAAAUGAAGUCGGUACUAUUGUUAUUGGCAUUUUUGUCUUUAGCAUCAUCUAGUGACGUUUUAGAGUUUACAGAUGAUGACUUUGAUGACAAGGUUGAACAAGAGAGUUUGAUUUUGGUGGAGUUUUUUGCUCCAUGGUGUGGUCAUUGUAAAAAGCUUGCACCAGAGUUUGAGAAAGCUGCCACUGCAUUAAAAAGAAACGAUCCACCCGUCCCAUUGGCCAAGGUUGAUUGUACAGUUAACACUAAAGCUUGUGGUAAACAUGGAGUGUCAGGCUAUCCUACCUUGAAGAUUUUCCGCAAUGGGAUAUCAGAAGACUUUAAUGGACCUAGGGAAGCAGAUGGAAUUGUAAAAAUGAUGAAAUCAAAAGCAGGCCCAACAUCCAAGGAGCUGACCUCUGUUGAAGAUGCAGACAAAUUCCUUGAUAAUGCUGAAUAUGGUGUCAUUGGUUUCUUUGAGUCUGCUGAGGAUACAGAUGCUAAAACAUUCCAGAAAGUAGCCGACUCGAUGUCAUCUGAUAUGAGAUUUGCACACACAUAUGAGAAAAGUGUUAAGGACAAACUUAAAGUUAAGGAAGGAAUUGUUUUGUAUCGACCCAAGCGCUUCCAUAGCAAGUUUGAAGAAAAUACUGUCGAGUUUAAUGAUGAUAUGAAAGUUCCUAAAAUCAAGUCUUGGAUAGAAGAAACUUCCAUUGGCCUGUGUCCACUACGUACACAAGAUCUAGCAGAGAAGUUGAAAAAGCCUUUGUUUGUAGCUUACUAUAAUGUAGACUAUACUAAAAAUGUUAAAGGCACCAAUUACUGGAGAAACCGCAUCAUGAAGGUUGGAUCAAAAUUGCAAAAGGAGGGAAAGAAAGUUUACUUUGCUAUCAGCAACCACAGUGACAUGAGUUUUGAACUUACCGAGUGUGGUAUUGAGGAUGCUAACGGAGAGAAACCUGUUGUGUGUGCCAGAGACACGAGAGAUAGGAAAUUUAAGAUGACUGACGAGUUCAGUAUGGAUACAUUUGAACAAUUCGUUAAGGAUGUUUUAGAUGAUAAAGUGGAACCUUAUUUGAAAUCUGAACCUGUCCCAGAUAACACGGACAAUGCAGUCAAGGUCGUCGUAGCAAAGAAUUUUGAUGAAAUAGUUAAUGAUGAAGAAAAAGAUGUUCUAAUUGAGUUUUACGCACCAUGGUGUGGUCACUGUAAAUCUUUAGCUCCUAAGUAUGAUGAAUUAGCUGAAAAACUUAAAGAUGAACCCAGUAUAACAAUAGCUAAAAUGGAUGCAACAGCAAAUGAUGUAUCAAAGCCAUAUGAAGUUCAAGGAUUCCCAACAAUUUAUUUUUCACCAAAAGGCUCUAAAGGAAGUCCAAAAAAAUAUAGUGGUGGCCGAGAGGUUGAUGAUUUCUUGAAAUACCUUGCUAAAGAAGCCACAGAUGAACUGCAGGGAUUCAGCAGAAAUGGAAAGAAGAAGAAGACGACGAAGAAACAAGAGCUUUAGAUAUUAUUUCAUCUUUACAACAUCAAGUUAACAUUUUGACAAUUUAUUUUCCAAAACUCUUCUUGAUAAACAGAAUAUUGAAUACGUAAUCAUUGUGCACACCUGUUUAAAUAUUUUAUUUCCACAACUGCUAGAGGAACUUAACAAAACAUAUAGUUUUAAUUAUUUUUGGUUUCAUUGUAGGUGUUGGAAGACUGAUUAGUAAUUUUAGAGAGUGCAGAUGUUUGUCCAACAGACUAAUUAAUAAAUAAGAUUUUAAUUGUUGUUUUUGAAUACUAGAUUCGUACCAAACAUUGGCCUUAAUUUAUUUUAUAGAUUUAGUGCUCGGUUGAUGAAGUUAAAUUGUGAGUGCUGUUUUGACAAGGUGAUAUCAAAUGUAACUUGUUAGAUCUGACGGUGUGGUGGUCAGAGAUUCAUUUAUCCUUGUUUGCUUCGUAUCAUUUUCAUAUGUUGCUGGUGUAUAUUUUAUUAAUUUGUACUUAUCAUUUGUUUGUUUCAUGAUACUAAUAUUAUACAUACCAGGAAACAAAUCAAUAAACAAUCGAUGCUAGUUUUAAAAGUUGUUGGUGAAUAUUUUGUUAUGUGCGUGUCUGUUUAAACAAAACCAAUAAAAUUUGCUGUAGAGUACAACUCGUAUUGGUUAAAAAUACCAAAGAAAAAAUUUGAAUCUGAUCCCUUUUUAAAAAUAAAUAAAAACUUGUUCUUUUUAGGAAUGAUGUACAUUUGGUUCAUGUGAGAUGCAUUCUAUAUGGGGGUUGGGGGUGGAAACACAUCUUGAUAGUACAUUGAUAUUGGUUCUAUUGGUUGAAGGUUUAACACAUACCACAACAGUUGAGUUUUAACAAGUAUUGAGGGUAAGAAUAGAUUCACAAAACAAUGAUUAUGAGACCAUUAAAUGUUGCGUUCACCCAUUCUUAUUUAUACCAUGUUUUUAAUGGUAUGUUUGUCUUUUGACGGCUCAUUGUGUAUUUCAUCCUGUGUUUUCAAAUGUAUGGUGGGUUUUUUUUUAUGAAAGUAAAGAAUUGGGGAUUAUAUUGGUUUUCAAUAUACUGCAUUUUACCUCCUGAACUACAUAUUAAAUUUUCAUGUCAGUUCUGUUCGCUUUUAAAAAAAAAAAAAAAAAAUAAUAAUAUAUAUAUAUAUAUAUAUAUACACACACACAUAUAUACACACUUCUUUUGUUUUUCUUUUCUCUUCUGUUUUUUUUUUUUUUUUUUUUUAUUAAAUAUUAUUACAAAAAAACACUUCAUGAUUAUGUCUAAUUGGGGGCAUUUUUAUUUGCUGCAGUCCAUUCUUUUAUUAGAAAUACAUAGAGAUAAAAGAUUUAUUUAUAACUUUAUUGCAUGAAUGAGAAACCCUAGUUACAAAUGAACAAUGAACAUUACUUCCAAUGCGGUUUAUUGGUGUGAUUUGAAGUCCUACUUUAACAUUCUUGUUUGUGUGCAACUGAAGCAUGAAAGACAUUUUACUUGUUACGGUAUAUAGUAUGAUACAGUGUACAUGAGCAUCAUUGUUUUCAAAUAAAACAAUAUUAUAUUU